CACUCUGACAGUGACAUGUUAUGAUAUUAUUUUGAAAUUGUUUGUACAAAAAAUAAAAUAAUAACUGAAUUGUAAGAAGAAACUCGUUAUUAGAAUAUAUUAGGAAGUAUUUAUAAAAUCUUUUAAACAUAACUAUGUUUCCUUUAGGUUUACUCAAACAGUUUUCUAGAUUUUCUAUUGGAUCUAUAAUAAAUACACAAGUGAAUACCAAAAACAUAAAUACAUUUACCGCUCUUCAAUUCAAGAUAACAGAUCAGUUAUGGGCAGAACCCUUGAAGAAGAAAAAGAAAAUGGAUCCUGCCAUACUUAAAGCCCGUGAAGAAAGGAGAAGAAAAAAACUAGAGAAGCAGAUUAGGAGACUUGAAAAAAAUGCUCGACAAUUGAAACCCAUUGCUGAAUUAGAACCUCCUUUGCAUCUGUUGGAUGAAAAAGGAAGGCGCAAACGAGCUGUCGUGGUAUUAUCAGCCGAAGAAAUAGAAGCACGGGCGUUAUUAAAUAAGGACUGGUGUAGAUAUAAACGGCAAGAGUAUAUGAAUAAUAUUGCGCAAAUUGAUAGGAUAAUGGCGGCCCAGAAGAGAGCAUUGGAGAAGUUGUAUGAAGAAUCGGAGGAUUUAUAUUAUGAAGCCAUUAUGCCCGAUUUAGCGUUAAUACCGUACAGUAUCGAUGGAACAUAUGAAACACCCCCUAUUAAGAAUUAUGACUCGCCUGAUGGUGAAUACAUAGAUGUAUCUAAGAAAUGGGGUAAUUAAUUAAACCAUAAGCAUAUUAUAUAUAGUUGAAGUGAAUAAAGUAUAAAUCUAUAAAUA